AUGUCGGAGAACGUGGCAAACUUUGGUGUUCAGGAAAUGGCAGAGGCCAUCCACCAGGCCGCAGGCCCUGGAGGCAACUGGAAUGAAGAGGCUGUCGCUCUGGCUCGUGAAAAGGGAUGGGCUCCUCCUCAGCAUUGCGAUUAUGAUGCUUACACUGCUCCCGGGGUGGGCUUCCAGCGCGCAGCCAAAUAUGAGUGGAAGGAGGAAUAUGGCGAUGUUGAACCUCGGAACGAAGAAUUGGAGGAAAUGCUGUUCCGGAAUGAAUUAAUCAAUCGUGUGGGAAAUCACUUUGAUCGACUCCGCGAUAUCAAGGUAACAGCUGAAACUACCAAUCAGCCUGAUCCUUUUGAUGAUGCUGGACUGCAUCCCGUCAUGCGUGAAAACGUCAAGCUAUGUGGCUAUCAUGUUCCCACCCCGAUUCAAGCGUACUCCAUCCCGGUCAUUUUGACUGGAAAUGAUCUCAUCGCUGUGGCUCAGACCGAAGGGUCCGGGAAAACCGCUGCAUUUCUGAUUCCCGUCUUGUCGAAGCUAAUGGGCAAAGCAAAGAAACUUGCGGCUCCCCGUCCCUAUUUUGGCAACGGGUUCAACGAGGCUUUGGACUCUGUUCGUGCAGAGCCUCUGGUUCUGAUUGUUGCUCCAACUCGUGAGUUAUCCACGCAGAUCUUCGACGAGGCCCGCCGCCUUGGCUACCGCUCUAUGCUGCGUCCCUGUGUUGUUUAUGGUGGUGCACCAGUCCGCGAACAAUGUAUUGAGCUUCAGAAGGGUUCCGACGGGUGGAUAUAA